UCUUUCUUUCUUUCUUUCUUUCUUUCUUUCCUUCUUUCUUUUUCAACGCUGCCUUUCACCCGGAAGCAGGUCCCAGACUUGCUGCAUAGCACCGCUUGAAACCCUCCUCCUCUCUGCGCAGAGUCGAGGAGGAAACUACCGGAAGUAAAAGAGUUGCUUUGGGGAGUGGUGGUCGCAGCGGCGGAGGAGAAGUCGCUUUUCUUUUUCUCCUGGGCAAAGUUAAGGCGGGCAGGAGACAACAUGGGCAGGACAGUGACCGUGGCAACGUGUGCCUUGAAUCAGUGGGCGCUGGAUUUUGAUGGCAACCUGGAAAGGAUUUUCAAAAGUAUUGAAAUUGCUAAAGAAAAAGGAGCAAGAUACCGACUCGGCCCAGAACUUGAAAUUUGUGGCUAUGGCUGUUCAGAUCAUUAUUAUGAAUCUGACAUACUGUUACAUUCAUUUCAAGUUUUGGCUAAGCUUUUAGAAUCUCCUGAUACUCAGGACAUAAUAUGUGACGUUGGGAUGCCUGUUAUGCACCGGAAUGUUCGUUACAACUGUAGAGUAAUUUUUCUAAACAAAAAAAUUCUUCUGAUACGGCCAAAGAUAGCAUUGGCAAAUUCAGGAAACUAUCGAGAAAUGAGGUGGUUCACUCCUUGGAAUAGAUUACGGCAUGUAGAAGAAUAUUUUCUUCCAAGAAUGAUCCAAGAGAUUACAGCUCAGGAAAGCGUUCCAUUUGGUGAUGCAGUACUAGCAACUUUGGAUACUUGCAUAGGGACUGAAAUCUGUGAAGAAUUAUGGAUACCAACCAGCCCUCACAUUGAAAUGGGAAUUGAUGGUGUGGAAAUCUUCACAAAUUCCUCUGCAAGUCACCAUGUGUUAAGAAAAGCACACACUCGAGUGGAGUUGGUAAAUUCUGCAACAGCAAAGAAUGGAGGAAUCUACAUCUUGGCAAACCAAAAAGGCUGUGAUGGUGAUCGCUUGUAUUAUGAUGGAUGUGCCAUGAUAUCUAUGAACGGUGCUACAGUUGCUCAAGGACAUCAGUUUUUACUGGAUGACAUAGAAGUCCUAGUUGCCACUUUGGAUUUAGAAGACGUCAGAAGUUAUAGAGCAGAAAUAUCGUCCCGAAACUUAGCAGCAAGCAAAGCGAUUCCUUAUCCUAGAAUAAAAGUAAACUUUGCAUUGUCAAGUUCCGAUGAUAUAUGCACACCUACAAGUGAAUCUAUUCAGUGGAAGUAUCAUAGUCCUGAGGAGGAGAUCAGCCUAGGUCCAGCAUGUUGGCUUUGGGACUACUUAAGGUGCAGUAAACAGGGAGGAUUUUUCUUGCCACUUAGUGGUGGUGUGGACAGUUCUGCUGCAGCCUGCAUUGUCUAUUCCAUGUGUCUUCAGAUUUGUCAUGCAGUAAAAAAUGGAAAAAUUGUACAAAAUGAACUGAACCUUUUGCCCUUAACCAUUAAUCUAGAGUGUAUCUUUGAGCAAUUCUCCGAGCAUUUAACAUGUGGUACAGCCAGAAUAAGAAUGGUAAUCGGCUAUCUAUUUGCCCAGCUGUGUCUGUGGACUCGUGGAUUGCCUGGUGGAUUGUUAGUGCUUGGAACAGCUAAUGUGGAUGAAAGCCUUCGAGGAUAUUUUACAAAAUAUGACUGUUCCAGUGGUGACAUCAACCCUAUUGGUGGAAUUAGCAAAAUAGAUUUGAAAUGCUUUAUGCAAUAUUGCAUUGAGAAUUUUCAGCUAACAUCCCUCAAAAGUAUUAUAUCAGCACCCCCAACAGCGGAGUUGGAGCCCCUGCAGAAAGGAAAUGUUACUCAAAUGGAUGAGGUGGACAUGGGUAUGACGUAUGCCGAACUCUCAGUCUAUGGUAAACUAAGGAAGAUAGCUAAGGCCGGACCUUAUACCAUGUUCUGUAAAGUGGUCACAAUGUGGAAAGAGAUAUGUUCUCCAAGAGAGGUGGCAUCAAAAGUUAAGCAUUUCUUUCAGAUGUAUUCAAUCAACCGACAUAAAAUGACUACCCUUACUCCAUCCUAUCACGCUGCCAACUACAGUCCUGAUGACAAUCGCUUUGAUCUGAGACCUUUCCUUUACAAUUCUGCUUGGUCCUGGCAGUUCAGGUGUAUAGAUGAACAAGUUUCUAAACUAGAAGCUAAGCAAGCGAUGGACUUGAAACUUCAGAUCAAAGAUUGAAUUUGAUUUCUCUGUCUUGCUGCUUCAAAUCGAUGAUUUUUGCAGAAUCAUCUGUAAAAUUGAAUAAUACAAUCAAAGAAUGAAGA